GUUCUUCAUUGUUACGUUCCUAUUGCCUCGCACGUGGUUACUUUACGUGGCGAGCGUACUGAUCGGUGCCGGCGCUGCUGCCAUCUGGACUGGCCAGGGCAACUACCUGACCUUGAACAGCGACGCCGACACCAUCUCGCGGAACUCCGGGAUCUUCUGGGCUAUGCUGCAGUGCAGCUUAUUCUUCGGAAAUCUGUUCGUGUUCAUCAAAUUCCAAGGCAAGACCCACAUAGACUUGGAGACCAGAAACGUAGUGUUCGGAGUUUUGACCGCAGUCUGUGCGCUCGGCAUAGUAUUCCUCAUUCUUUUGAGGCCGAUAAGACGGGCGCCGGUUCUCGAUGAUGUAAAGGUGAAAUUUCAAGAGAGUGACGUAGUGAACCACGACAACGACGGCCCGUUGGAAGCAUUCAAAGGCGCUUUGAAGUUGUUCUGCACACGUGAUAUGAUCUUCCUUAGCUGCACAUUCAUCUACACCGGCGUGGAGUUGUCUUUCUUCAGCGGAGUGUACAGCCCCAGUAUCGGGUUCACACUGUCGAUGGGCGAGAAUGCCAAGCAACUCGUUGGCCUGUCCGGAGUGUUCAUCGGCAUGGGAGAAGUAUUGGGUGGAGCUCUUUUCGGUAUCUUGGGUUCAAAAACGACCCGAUGGGGCCGAGACCCCAUUGUAAUCAUGGGCUACAUCAUACAUGUCACCAGUUUCUUCCUCAUCUUCAUCAACUUACCAAAUGUGGCGCCUUUCGGAGACACAACAGAGAUUUCGUUCAUUAACCCCUCUCCAUACCUCGCCAUGUUUUGCAGUUUCUUACUUGGCUUCGGCGAUGCCUGCUUCAACACUCAGAUAUACUCUAUAUUGGGUGGUAACUAUUCGGAUAAUAGUACGUCAGCUUUCGCCCUCUUCAAGUUCACUCAGUCGCUGGCGGCGGCCGCGUGCUUCUUCUAUUCGUCGCGCGCGCUGCUGUCGGUGCAGCUGGGCGUACUGGCGGCGCUGGCGUCGCUCGGCACGGCCGCCUUCUGCCGCGUCGAGUGGGCGGCCCGCGCACGCGCACGCGCUGCAGCGCUUGAAGCCAUCGACGACAAGCUCGCGCCCGCGCCCGCCUCACACCUCGCCGAAAACGCCCUGCACUACGACUGA